GAGCGCCGCUUCUGGAGCCCCAGCGCCGGCAGCGGCAUGGCAGACGGAGCCCGUUCCGUGCUGGGCGGCAGCCGCGGCUCCAGCCCUGUGGCCAGCCCGCUGUUGGGGAGAGGCGGCAAGAGCCGUUCGCUGCCCACUCCGUCGUCGACCAAGCCGUCGCCGCCGCUGCCUCAGCAGGCGCCCGCGUCGCCCAAACAGCCGCAGACAACGCCGCGUGGGAGCGCGCCCGGGCACAGCUUCAAGAGGGUCACCCUCACCAAGCCCACCUUCUGCCACUACUGCACUGACUUCAUCUGGGGGCUGGCGGGGUACCUGUGCGAAGUUUGCAAUUUUAUGUCUCACGAAAAGUGCCUGAAACAUGUGAAGAUACCAUGCUCCUGUAUUGCUCCAGGUCUUGUAAGGGUUCCAGUUGCACAUUGUUUGGGACCUCCUGGGCACUAUAAGAGAAAGUUUUGUGCUGUCUGCAGAAAACAGUUAGAGACUCCAGCAUUUCGUUGUGAAGUGUGCGAGCUACAUGUGCAUACAGAUUGUGUCCUGUUUGCUUGCAGUGACUGUCGUCAGACCCAUCAAGACGGUCAUCAGGAUCAUGACACAUACCAUCAUCACUGGCGGGAGGGAAAUCUUCCUUCUGGUGCACGUUGCAAAGUGUGCAAGAAAACAUGUGGUUCUUCAGAGGUGCUCUCGGGUAUGAGAUGUGAAUGGUGUGGCAUUCUGGCUCACGCUGCUUGCUGUGUGAUUAUACCUCCAGAAUGUACAUUUGGAAGGCUAAAAAAUAUGAUUCUUCCUCCAAACUGUGUGCACUUAUUUUCUCGCAACUUCAGUAAAAUGCACUGUUUUCGGAUAUCGGAAAGCUUACAGACCGAACCAGACGACGACGACGAUGUCGAUAACUCAACACAAGGUUCACUGAAAGAACCCCAGGCUUCAGCAGACUCAAGCACAUCAGGCAAACAAAUGUUAAAAAUAUAUGAUGGGAAUGAUGCUGUAAAACGCAAUCAGUAUCGGCUUAUUACGGUUCCACGCAUUGCAAAGCAGGAAGAAGUUGUGGAGGCUGCAUUGAGAACGUACUACAUAAAUGAUGAUCCUAAAGAGUAUGAACUUCAGACGUUCACUCAGCAGGCCUUGCUGUGUGACGAUGUCAUUAAUAGGAAUGAUGCCACCGAAGAAUCUCAUCCUGGGUCAGUGUUCAGAGAAGCUGUUCCUGAAGCCUGGAUCAUCAGAGUCAAACCAAAAGACAAUGAAGUAAUAAAGAUUUAUCCUGCUUGGCUCAAGGUUGGAAUGGCCUGUGUCUCAAUACGAAUAAAGAAAGAAAGCACUACCCAGAUGGUAAUUAAAGAAGUCCUCCCAUUGCUUGGAUACCAGUCGGAAUGCCCCCAAAACUUCAGAUUAGUGGAAGUGCUCAUGGGUUCCAAGCAAGUUCAGCGAAUGGUGCUGGAUGAUCAUGAACUGAUUCUCAACAGAUUUCAAGACAUAAGAAAGACUUCACUGCGUCAAAUGAACCAAACCAGAUUUUACAUUGUAGAGAACAACAUGUCUGUUGUGCAGGUGCAUUUGUUUGUGGGUGGCCUGCCACCUCAUCUUUCUGCUGCAGAAUACACAAACAUCCUCAAGAAUGAACUAACCAUCAAAACAAAUUUAGUUUCUGUGAGUCAUGUGUAUUCAUCUCAAGGUGCUGUUGUAUUAAACAUUUCAUGUUUUUCUGAAGCUGAAAGACUGUAUAUGCUAGCUAAAGAUACCACUGUUAACGACAAGCCGCUAACUGCUGUAGUGCUCCCUGAAGUUUUGCAUUCCAAACUCCCCCAGAACUGCUGUCCCCUGCUAGUCUUUGUGAACCCAAAAAGCGGAGGCCUUAAAGGUCGGGAUUUGCUGUACAGUUUUAGAAAACUGUUGAAUCCUCACCAAAUCUUUGAACUAACGAAUGGAGGACCACUGCCUGGACUUCAUACGUUCUCUCAGAUCCCGUGCUUCCGAAUAUUGGUGUGUGGUGGCGAUGGCACAGUCGGUUGGGUUCUCGGUGCCCUGGAGGAGAUCCGCCACAAGCUCGUCUGUUCGGAGCCAUCUGUGGCUAUUUUGCCUUUAGGCACAGGUAACGACUUGGGGAGGGUGCUGCGCUGGGGUGCUGGAUACAGUGGUGAAGAUCCAUACUCCAUUCUGAUAGCUGUAGAUGAAGCAGAUGAUGUGCUCAUGGAUCGCUGGACCAUCCUCUUAGAUGCACAGGAGGCCAUUGAAAGUUCAGAAAAUGGUGUAUUAGAGCCUGAACCCCCUAAGAUUGUACAGAUGAACAAUUACUGUGGCCUUGGAAUCGAUGCAGAACUCAGUCUAGGCUUUCAUCAUGCCAGAGAAGAAGAACCAGACAAAUUCAACAGCAGGUUUCAUAACAAGGGUGUCUAUGUAAAAGUUGGCUUGCAGAAAAUGAGUCACACAAGAAAUCUUCAUAAAGAAAUAAAACUUCAAGUGGACCAGCAUGAAGUUGAACUUCCAAAUAUUGAGGGUCUUAUUUUCAUUAAUAUCCCCAGCUGGGGCUCUGGCGCUGAUCUGUGGGGCUCUGAUAAUGAUAAUCGGUUUGAGAAGCCAAGAAUUGAUGAUGGAUUACUGGAGGUUGUUGGCGUCACUGGAGUUGUUCACAUGGGACAGGUCCAGGGUGGCCUCCGUUCAGGCAUCCGCAUUGCCCAAGGCUCCUACUUCCGCUUGACCCUUCUGAAGCCCAUCCCUGUGCAAGUAGACGGAGAGCCUUGGAUCCAGCCCCCAGGCCAGAUAAUUAUCUCUGCUGCAGGACCAAAGGUCCAUAUGUUAAAGAAAUCAAAACAGAAACAGAAAAAAACUGGAUAUGUGAAAGACUCCAGAACCGAGAGCACGGCGUCCAGUGACGUGGGCCAUUGACAGAGACAGACCCAGAGAGCAGAUGCAGCACACCUACUGUAGACCAAGUGGACCUGCCUGAUAAAGCUGUCCUGUUCGGCUCAGGUUAUGAAGGGUUACUUACGAGCCCGCUGUUAUAUUCCAUGUUUGUUGUAUGGUGCCUACCCUGUGACUGUCAUGAGAUAGACAUUCGUACAUCAUGGGCUGAUCAGAGACUUCUGCAUUAGGAGGAAGCCUUUCAGUCAACCAUUUCCCAAUUCUUGCUUUAUGCCAAUGAAGCACAGAUCCCAUUAUGCUGUGCAUUUUACACAAUUGUCUUUCUCUGUUUUAGCCCCUUGGAGCCAAAUGUUUUAUAAACAUAAGCUUUUAGACUUUAGUGGGGUUUUUUACAUAAAGUUUAGCCAGAAUUAGAGCUUAAGCUAGCUAGGAUUCCCCGUAGGGGUGUGUGUGUGAAAGUGUAUAUAUAGUGAGACGCUUACGAAACUGAUUAUUUUAAUUUUGUGGGUUGACCCGUGCAAUAAUGCUUAAUGUAGGAUUAGGAUACAUUGAUUGAGCCCAGUGGUAUGAUCCAUCCUGCACUCUGCUGGUAGUACUUCUCCAGUGAGAGUUUCACUGCAAUGCACCUGAUGUUGCUGAUCAAGUGGGGGCCCUCUGUAGCUCCAUGGGGAGAGGGAUCCAGUGAGCCAUGCUGGUCCAGACCUGCAACAUGCAGGUUACUUGUUAAUACCUGGGUGCAUUGCAGGAAGGGAAGGUUAUAGAAAGUUACCAGGGAUCAGUUUUCCAUGGACAUAGCAUUGUCUGGAUUAUAUCCUCAGUGUUAGGUUACAGUUUAUUCAGAAGCACAAGACGCUGAAGAAAUAAUGUUUCCUAUUUCUGCACUACUCUAAUAAUCCUUGGGGGAGGGAACCCUUUUGUCAUUUUAUUGACUUUUUCCGUAAAGCACAUUUUUUACAUACACUACAGGCUUCUGGUUUUCUAUUAUACUGGUAGCAUGUGUGUUUCUUUUUUUUUUUUCAAAAUUCCCAUCACUGGUAUAUUGUUCCUAAUUUUAUGUCCCAAUUAUCCCCUCUUUUAACGUACUAUGAGACUGUUGCUGGAAACACCAAAGCUUGUAAUUAUGGCACAAUAUUGCAAACUGUCUGUUUCCACAUUUGUUAUGCUUUAUUUAUUGAUGCACUAAAUUGAAAUGUGCUGCUGUUUUUUAUUCUGUAUUAAAGAGCUGAUCUGGGUGUAUACACCUAGGUCUCUGUCUGUGUCCUA